ACACAUUUUGGCAUCAGUGCUAAGAUGGCGCCUUUGCCAAGGAGGUUAACAUCGAGUGUGUUAAUAAUUGUUUACAUUAAGGCCAGAUUGCUUACAACGUGAUCAUUUCUGGGACAGACACAUGCAUAAGGAUAACAUACAAAGAAAUUCCAUGAUGGCUACCAGCAAAAUCGGAGGUGGAGACCCUACAAUACCCUCUUUACAUAUUUCUAGAUCUUCUGUAUCUUCCAUCCCGGUUACCCCACUUUCUCCAGGGAUAGUUGGUGAGCGCUUGCCUGUCAGUCCUGAUCUUGAAGGACAGAACUUGAACAAACCAUUUCCUUUGAGCCCUCAGUCUUUGCAGGCAGAUCCUGUCCAUGAUCUUCCUGUAGAAUUAUUGCAGCUUGGCUGGCGAAGAUUUUGGAGCAAACGUGAAAACCGACCAUAUUAUUUUAAUAAACUAACUAAUGAAUCUCUUUGGGAACCUCCACAGAUUGGAUUGCAAGCUGAUCCUCUAACUGAUCCACUGGGUAUCAACACUCCAGAAGGGGAACCACCAAGCACUGCAUCUUCAUCUUAUGCCCUUAGUCGGGCAGACCUUAAUCCACAGAGCAUAGACUUGAACUCAUCAUCUGAAGUUAUUCAAAUUGGUGGGAAACGUCGGGCUAGCACAGAUUUUCCGUCCCUCAGUCCGUCCAAGAAGAUGGCAUUUAAUUACAACCCCUUCUGGAACUUUGACUUACCUAGCAAUGCAGUAUUUUAUGAGCGAGCACCAGUCACCAUGGCACCACCUCAUCCAGAUGUUGAAAAAUCAAGGUCUACACUCACCACAAAACUGCGAAGUUUGUACAGUGAUCUCUGCCUUAGUCGAGAAGGCAUUUCAGCACCAGCAGAAUCCUUUAAUCGUUGGCUGCUUGAACGCAAAGUCAUAGACAAGGGGUCAGACCCCAUGUUGCCAACACAGUGUGUACCAGAAGUUUCACAGUCCAUGUACAGAGAGAUCAUGAAUGACAUCCCUGUGAAGCUGGUCAAACCUAAGUUUUCACGAGAUGCCCGUAAACAGCUUUAUCGAUAUGCUGAAUCUGCCAAGAAGAUGGUUGAAUCAAGAAAUGCCUCAUCAGAAAGUCGCAAGAUUGUUAUGUGGAAUGCAGAGGACACAUUUCGUUGGCUAAGAGAGAAGAAUAAUGCUAGCUAUGAUGAUUACCUGGAACGUCUUGCUCAUCUGAAGCGACAUUGCCAGCCUCACUUGACAGAAGUUGCCAAAGCAUCUGUAGAAGGAAUCUGCAGCAAGAUCUACCAUUUAUCAUGUGAUUUUGCCAAAAAGCUUGCUGAGAACACUGCUGAUAUUUUAAAGCAGCACAAUAUAACAGAUCCAGGUCCUUUGCCACAGCCAAGACGAAGAAAGGUUAUGUGUUAUGCAGUGCAGGUGAGCAUACCAUCUCCAAGGCUGCCAGCUGUGGAACAUCGCAUAGAUAAGGACUGCUGUUUUUUAAACUACAAGGGUGACACAUUAAAGAUAAACACAGUCCAUUUUCACAAAUUGGAACAACUGUACAGACUGAGCUGUCGAGACGAUCCUCGAUUUGAUAACUUCCUGGCGAGAGUGUGGUGCUUGUUGAAACGUUAUGAGACAUUUUUUGGAACUGCAUCAGAAGCAUUUCGAAUGCAUGGAGCCCUGUCUGUGCCAGUAUUUGAGUGCUUACAUAGACUUUUUGGGGUGACAUUUGAAUGCUUUGCCUCCCCUUUCAACUGCUACUUCAGACAGUAUUGCUCAGCUUUUCCAGACACUGAUGGAUACUUUGGAUCAAGAGGGCCAAUACUUGAUUUUCACCCAACAAGUGGAUCUUUUGAGGCAAACCCUCCAUUUUGUGAGGAGUUGAUGGAAGCCAUGGUGGACCAUUUUGAGAGCUUGCUCACAGAAACACAAGACCCACUUUCUUUCAUUGUUUUCAUCCCUGAAUGGCGAGAUCCUCCUACAGAGGCUUUGAUUCGUCUUGAGUCUAGCCCGUUCAAGCGAGGUUAUUGUGUCUUGCCAGCACAGGACCAUGAAUACAGACAUGGAUUCCAGCACAACUGUCCCUUGGAAGACGUCAAUGUAAAGUCAGUUCAUGGGACACUUGUAGUAUUCCUUCAGAAUGAGGCAGGGUACAAGCAGUGGGGACCUAGUACAGAUAAAAUAAAAGAACUGAUAUUGGCUUCCAAGCCCAAGGUUGCAUAAGGGCCUAAUUUAAUGAGUGGUAAGACAAUCACCUCCAGAGAACAGCGUCUGACAAAACAAAGUGUGCAAUAUUUGUGUCUUGUGCUGUUCUGGCAACAGUGUGAAUAUGGUGGUUCUGAUAUCGUUUUAUUCAGUGAAAUGUGGUGCAGGUUGUUCAGAAGUCGUAUCAAGCAGCAGUGUUUGAGAAUUCGUGGUUUUGAAGGAAGUGCAGAGAAAAUCAGUCCUAGUGACAGAAUAUGUGAUGAUUUAAAAUGAAAACUGCUUUUUGUCCUAGUUGCUGGGGUAAGUGCAUGGAAAACAGAAACAAAAGAAACUGAUGUGGCUAUGGUGUGUCAUAAUCUCACAAUAUAUUUUCCACCAAUCAAUAUUUAUUUUAGAGUAUAUUAUCUGUGACAAUACAACCAUUGUUACCUGUACUCUUGCAUAUGAUCUUACCUUGUUUUUAAUAGAAGAUGACACAUUAUGCACCAUUUCCAAUAUUUUUUUCAUGCAUGUUGAUUUGCUUGAGAUGAUGUUUAAAGCCAGCAGUUUUAAAAAUGUCUGGACAAGUGUCAUGUAGUAAUGUCUAUGGUGUGGGAAAUCAAGUGGCUUCCUGGAUCAGAACAAAGAUGGACAGGACUUUAGGACUUAAAAAUUUGUGUUGCUUAGUUAUUAGUAUCAGAAAGACACAUCAUUGAGGUAAUUUUACUAUGAAUCCCAAAUAUAAAUUGCAAAAAUGGCUUCUAGUUUUCACCCUGAUGGCAGAAUAAGAGUCAAGUAAAUUCUUUUUUUCCCUGAUGUCCAGGACACUUAUUAAAAAUGUUGCUUAUGGAUGGUAUUUAGAACAAAAAAAUAUUUCAAAGCAACAAGUACAAGCAGGGUGCUGACUAUUGGUGAGAUGGUCAGGUCAUUGGUCAGGAAUAUUGUUGGAAUGUAAAUUUUACUUUUUGGGGAAUUUUCUAGGAAUAUACAGUGCUACAGAUUUGCAUGUUUCUAAUGAUAGGCUGAAAAAGUGUGUAAACAUUGGCAGAUAUGUAAACAAAUUGAAGACAUUGAAAACUCUUCAUGUUUGAAUCAAUAAUAAGGAUUUUUUUAAAAGGUGCAUGUGUGCCCACCCAUUCAGCUUAACACACACAAAAAACAAAGAGAAGCAAUUUGCAUUAUCCUAGUUUUUAACAAAUAUUUGCUCCUAUCAUGUGAAACCAGCGGAGCUAUUCACAAAAGAGGAGAAAAAUAAUAUUAACAGAUAAUUCUAUAUGAACGGUGACUUAAAUAUUAGAGGCUGAUGUGGAGAUGGCAAAAAGUGCAUGUUUUCAUCUGUUUGUGCGCAUAUGCAGGCGUGAAUUAUAAUCAGAAUGAGCAGAGUUGCACAUUAUUGAAAAUAACCAUGUACCUAUAAUUGCUGUUAAUAUCCAAUCAUGUACUUUUUUUUUUCUUUUUUUUUUUUGGAAAGCUAUUACAAGAACGUGUAACAUUUUAAUUCUUUUUACAUUUCUGUUAACUCUUUGAACCCAGAAAGCCAGCCAGCACUUAAAUAGUAAUGCUUACUCUUCUUGUUUCUGAUACUGCUGGAUUGUUCAUUUUAAAUUUUAUUGUGUGCAUGAAGUGAGAAAGAGAAUACUGUAGUUAUGUGAAUUUCCAUGUUAUAGAGAUAACACUGCAUGCCAAAAUAUAAAACUGAUUAUCUGUCAAGUGAGACAAUGGAGAGAAGUAAAAAAUCAUGAUGUGACCCUGUACAAUGCAUACAAUGCAUUUGUGGUAGAGGCACAAAAAUAAACUCUAUAUCAGUUUGGCAAGUUGAUUUCUGAGGUAUCUUUGAUUUUUCAAGUUUAAAACAAACAAUUUUUAAAAUAGUCAGAAAAUGUCAGGGAGCCCUAGGUAAUGCUGCUGAAAGGCUUGUGAAGUCCGGGGUUCAAAGGGUUAAACCAUUUAUAUCUGCAUAGCUACAGUUUUAAAGUUUGAAUGUGAAAAUCACUUGGUGGUGCUGUUACAAUUUUCGUUAAACUACACUGACCAUAAAUCGUAUUACUACUUAAAGUGGCAGUUUUUUAAUGUGGUGAUGGCAUUUGUACAAAAAGAUGACUUUUAACAUUUAUUCUUCCCUAAAAUCAAUGAAAGAGUCUCUUUGACUUAAAAGGCAGCCUUUUGUUUUGUCUCAUAGGUUGUUUGUAAGCAACCGCUGUGUAAAUACUUGUAAAUACAUGUCAUUUUUUGGCUAUUAUUUUAUAAAGGUAACUGAAAAGAUUAAGGAGUUCUGGUAAAUUAGAAUGUUGAAGAAUAAGAGCUUUGGUAAAAGUAUAUCAAGACUAGAAAGAGUCCUUUUUCAAAAAGCUUUCUUUAAUCUGCAGAUAUUUCUGUCAGAUUAAGAUCGAUUUAGGUAAGAGAUAAAAACAGGUGAAAUAAAAUGGCUUUGAAUGCUAAGAAAGAUCUUCAUCUCUUGUAUUUCAUGACUGUGUUUGAAUGUUUACAUUGCUGAAUAGUUUGCUGUUUCUGUUUUAUGUUAAUUUCAGUGUUCCAUUAUAAUUAUUGGCAUGUAAAUUGCAAACUCUGGAAACAAUUUUUUUAAAGUUAUUCCUUUAUGAAAAUUGUAAAUUUUGCACUGUAAAAAUAUGCCAUUGUCUGCAUAAAAGUCAUGUUUGAUACAAACUGUUGAUGGACAUGUUAAAUUUCUGGGUAUGCAUUUACACAUUUAUCAGGGAUAAUACUCAGCACAACUGAGUAAAAGAAAGAUUUAUAGAAGGCUUUUUGUGGUAUGAAGUUUUUCAUGUUGCUGUGUUAGGGUAACUGUAGUUGGCUUAAACAUGCUGGACCCAAAAUGUGACUAUAGUCAUCAUGUAACCUUUAGUCAUAUCACAUAAACAGAACAGUAGUCAGAUUGACAAAGUAAAUUUCCAGAGAGAAAAAAAAAAUUAAAGAUACACUACACCAUCACCACAACCUUUUCUCCUAUACUAUUGAGUUUAAAAGUUGGUGACUACCAACAUCCAAGCAUUUACUCUGUCAUUUCCAGUGCACAAAGACUUCAAACGUAUGGUUAAGUGUCAAGUCUGUGAAUCCUGUUAGAACACAGAUAAACUUACAUCGCUGAAGAGACAGAACUACUUGUUAAGUGUGUCUGUUCUAAUAUGAAGGCAUGAAUUUUAUGCAGAGAAAUGGCGAUUAAAGGCUUGGAACUCACAAACAAAAGGGACUCUUGGCUAAGAUUGCAGGUAGUGUCUAAAGAAUAAACAGUAUUGUUUAAAAAAUUCACUUAAGCAGGCCUUUAACAUUUUUUGUGAUGGAAAAUCUUAACAGUUUCUUAGAUUCAAAUACUGGUUUCAUUGAUUUUACAUCUUUUAAAUCACAACCAUUAGCCAGUCUUUAAUAAAUUAUUUGAAAAUAAUGAUCAUGAAGGGUGCUUUACACAAUCCUGGGAUUGGUAGUUAAUAUCUUCAGACAGAAUAUUUUUUUUAGCUGUGUGCAUUCCCUCGGGAAGUAUAGUUCAUUGUGGAAGCAUAAAAAUAUGCUGCAUGUUUUGCCAUAUUUAGUUGCAUAAAGUAGCAUAUCAAAUUUGUCUCACUCCCAGUUGAUAUAUUAUUUAUAGCUACUGGCUAAUAAUCAGAAUUUUUCAGGUAUUAACGUCAGAAUUAAUCCAGUUUAUUUCCUCUGCUGUAUAACUCAUAGAAAAAUACAAAGGGUGAGAGAGAAUUUACUUAUUCAGUAAACUCACUUGUUUCUGUGAGGAGUUAGUCAUCAGUGUGAUAAAUGUUUUAAGUGUACAUUUUUUUAAAAACUCUUUGAAGUUCUAAGUUCUUUCCUUAAAACAUGCAUGGUUUCUUGACCAUAAAUAAUCAGUGAAAAUGUGAACAGUUAAGGAAAGGUUAUGUUACAAAAUAUUAUGAGUCACUUAGGUAACUGCCAUUCAUUUGUGAAAUCACAUUCCUGUUAGAGUAAUAGCUAAGUUUCUUCUCAUAUACUGAGUAAAACCACACUGAAGUAUGUGAACAUGUUAAUAUUUGAUUGCUAUGGUUAUUCUUAAAUGUGCACUCAUAGUUUCUCCCUCAAAAGUGCCUGUUGUAAAUAUCACAGUUAAGUCAAAAGUUUAAAGCUAUCAUAAGGAAGUUUCUAUUCUUUAAUUGUAGGAUUUUUAAUGUUCCCCCCGUAGCAUGAAAAGUUAAUUUGCUGCUUCAAGUAUUGUGAGCAGAUACUUAAAACUGUUUUUUUUUUUUUCUAAGACAAAACUUAGUCUAUUCAGUGUUUUGUACAAAUUGUUUAAUUAGUCAUGAUUAGGUUAAACUGCAUCCAAUAGUGAUUUCAGAUGAGUGGUAUGUUUAUUUUCUUAAAUAUGAGUAUGUUUUCAUGCAGUAUAUUGAUAUUAUCAUGUACUUAUACAAGGAGAGGGGUAUUUGAAAAUAUGAUUCAAGCUCUGAGCAAACCUUUAUUACCCUGAGUCAAGACAGAAGAAACUCUCUUUUGAUAAUUAGAAGUAGCUGCUUUCAUUUGUACAGAAAUAUUAAUACGGAAUCAAUAGUAACUGCUGCAACACUUAAGAUAGAAUGGUUGAAGAAAACAAAUAUUCAGUUACCAUUGAAAAAGAAUCAAGAAAUUGAGCAGUAUCAGAAAGAGGUUGUAAAUAUGCUUUGACAACUGCUUUCUACAACUUUCAUAAAGAGAAUAAAAUGCCGGACCAUUUUUUCUUUUUUUGGAGAAUUACAUAGGUGGGCAUAUGUUUGUGCUAAAUUUUAGUGUUUCAGUGCCAUCCUUAAAAGGAGGUGUACUUACUCUAAGGAAAAGCACAUUGUUUUCACACAAAAUGAAAGAAGAGGGGGCAAAAGCAUACUUUUUGCAAUAGUUUUUCCUUUUAAUAUUCUAUCCAUUUCAAGCUUGAUAUACUUAUGCAGACUUCUUUUGGGACAUUUGUGUUUUUCACUGCAGCACUAGAGUUUAUUAUUGUAGCCAAAAUGUGCAGUAGCAAGUUACACUAAAUUACAGCAAAGUAUAUAUCCUAAGGUGAAAUAUUUGGAUUUUAUUCUUAUGACUAUUCAUACUUAAAAAAAAAAAAAAGUUUGAAAAAUGACACAAGAAACAUGUCUUUGCAGAUAUUUUUUGAAAUCAAAAAGUUUUAAAUUGUAUGGUUGCUGGCAUCGUUGGAAGAAACACAUACCUAAAUGUAUCGUCAUCAUUUUAUUUCUCCAGUGUUGUUAUUUCAAACCUUUUGCAGAUUUUAUUUUAUAUGCUUUUGUAUUUUUUAAAUUUGCCUGUGGAUGUCACUUUGUGGAUUAUUAAUAUAAAUAAGUUUAAAUAUAUAGAAUAAAAAAAAUAAACUUCAUAAAAAACAAAGAUUGAUGUGCAGUCCUUCAUUUUACACACAAAACAAUAAACACUGCUGUCUGUUUUGCAAAGGGUAUUAUAAUUUAUUUACAGCAUUUAAAUAAGACAGUACUGAUUCUAUUAAUAAUAAUACAACAGAUGAUCACAGGAAAUUAGCAAGUGAUGCUUGAAAACGUGCAGCACUAAGAUGCAAGAAAUUAAAAAAGAAACAAACCAACAUAAACCUACACACUUAUAACCCACGAUAGCUUGUUUGAAACUAGCAAGUAACAUUUUCCAGGAAUAUUAAUAGAGAAUCAGAAAAAACAAGCACUUUCAUGUUUACUUCUUAUUUUCAUAUGCCAAUCCUAUGAUAAAUAUACCAUCUUUUCUCUAAAACAGAGUUCCAAAUACACUCAUAAAAUGGCAACACCAAAAAGUGCAUAGUUAUCCAUUUUAAUGUCAACAAUCUCUAUAACAUUACAUUUUCAACAUACUAGAAAUCUUGACAGUUGCUUUUUGAGACUGGAAAAUGUUUUCCCCAUGUGAAAGUAAGAUUUUCUAGUUAACCAUUCAUUUCUCUAUAACAAAAUGCCACAUACAAGAGAGGAGGAAUAAAAAGAUGAUUAAAAACUGAAUACUAGAAUGAGGAA